GUUUUGCAUAUGGCCAAAUGAGAAGUUACAAGACACACUAUGUGCAGAGGCCUCUCUGGGAAAGCCCAGAAUGCAUCCACAGGGAUCUAUGAGAUGGCCUCCCAGGAUGUCUUCCUCCUGAAGAAUCAGCCCUACUACCACAGCCUGGGCCUGGAAGUCUAUGUGACAUUCCUUGAGAUCUAUAACAGGAAGUUGAUUGAGCUGCUCAAUAGCAAGGCCAAUCUGUGCAUGCUGGAGUACAGGAAGCAGCAGGUGCAGGGACUGGGGCUGCAGGAGCACCUGAUUAACUGUGCUAAUGAUGUCAUCAAGAUGACCAACACAGGCAGUGAUGGCAGAACCUCUGGGCAGACAUUUUCAUCUCCAAUUCUUCCUACUCCAAUGCCUACUUCCAGAUUCUUCUUUGAGCCAAAGGGAAAAUGCAUGGCAAGUUCUUCUUGGUGGAUCUUGCAGAGAAUGAACAAAGUUUAG